CUUUCUUCCAUUCCUCUCCAACCUUUUUUUUUUUUUGUUUGCUAAUGGAUAUAUCAAAGGUAGACGAAAAGUGUUACGUUCCUGAUGACACCUUGUCUCAUGGUAGUAUACUGAAAACUCACAAAGGUGUUUAUACUUUUGGUAUUCUUGCAGCUUUGGGUGGUUGUAGUGUUGGUUAUGAUACUGGAGCAGUAUCCUCUAUCAUGACUAUGGGUCCUUUUAUUGAUCGCUUUAUGGGUGAUGCUUCUCAACAACCUUAUCGUUCUGGUCUUUUGGUGGCUCUUAUGUUAUUGACAGCUACUCUUGGUGGUUUAUUAUCUGGAAAUCUAUGUGAUGCUAUUAGUCGAAAAUAUACUAUUUUACUUGGAACCUUGACAUUUGCCUUGGGAUGUCUAUUUGAAACGAUUGGAUACAAUUUUGCCCUUAUGCUUGUUGGUCGUUUAUUUGUUGGCUUUGGACAAGGUUUUUUGACAAAUGCUAUUCCUCUUUAUCAUUCAGAAAUUGCUCCUCCAGCUAUCCGUGGACGAUUGAUUACUCUCUUCAGUGCAACAUGUAGUAUUGGCAUUGUUGUUGGUUACUUUAUUAGUUUUGGAACGAAUUAUCUUGACAACGAUUGGUGUUGGCGUGCCCCUUUUCUUAUCCAUUUGGUCCUUUGUGUUGUGAUCUCGUUUGCUUAUAUAUUACCUUUUAGUCCAAGAUGGUUGAUCGAUAAAGGUCGUUAUGAUGAAGCACGACAAGUGAUUGCUUCUCUCUAUCAAUGUGAACUAACGGAUGAAGCGGUUACUGAAGAAUUCAAUGUUGUACUUUCAGAAAUUCAGCAUGAACGAGCUUUUGGUAAUCGAACUUAUGCAGAACUUUUCCGUGGUACCAAUCUUCGACGAACUCUGUUUGCUCUUUUUGCUGGCAAUGGAGCAGCAUUUACUGGCACCAGUGGUAUCUCAUAUUACUCACCUCAGAUUAUGGAACAAGCUGGAUUAAAUGGAACUGGACUUUCUUUAGUGGCAAGUGGCGCAUCUAAUAUUGUUGGACUGAUUUUUACUAUGGUAGCCUUGGCUUACAUUGACCGAGUGGGACGCAAGUUUAUUUUCGCUUCAGGGGCAUUUAUCAUGGGUGCAACAAUGUAUAUUGUCGGUGCUCUCUUUCAGGCAUACUAUAUUACAAUGGACGAUGCUGGCGAUAUCGGAUUAGGGAAUUUACAUGCUAGAAACUGUGUGAUUGCCUUCAUCUUUAUCUUCCAAGCUGCUUAUGCUUAUAGUUGGGGUCCAGUCGGCUAUAUCUAUCCUGCUGAAAUUUUGAAUCAACGUACUCGUGCAAAAGGAUUGGCCUUGGCUUAUGGUUUGAAUUGGGCUAUUUCGAUUUUUAUGACGUUUGUGAUGCCUAUCUUCAUGUCCAAUACGGUCUAUGGUGGAUACUACUUUUUUGGCGCUACUUGUUCUGUUCUCUUUUUUGGUGUAUUUUUGAUGCCGGAAACAAAAGGUUAUACUUUGGAAGAAAUCGAUCGUAUGUUCAAUCCAAAAGUAGAUAUGGAAACAACAUCGUCACCAUUGCCAAAGGAAUCACCUUGAAAAUUAUCAACAAUAUCAGCAUAUCAUCAUCAUUUUAUUAUUACAACAAGGUUUGACAAAAUGGAUGGAUCAUUUUAUUAGAUAAUCU